AUGGGAAGGUUCACGAAUUCGGGUUCAAUAAUGGCCAUGACUAUUCUUCUCCCUCUUCGUCCACCACCGAUGAUAAACAUACACGUCAGUCGUCAGGAGAAGUUUCAUCUCUUCGGCCGCCAGAAACAGAUGCACAAGGCUUUCAGUGGUGGCAAACCUGCGGACGUUGUAAUUUGGAGGAACAAGCAGAUGUCUGGAGGUUUGCUUGCUGAUGCAACUGUUAUAUGGCUUCUGUUUGAAUGGAUAGGCUAUCAUUUGAUAAAUUUUCUCUGUCAUUCUCUUAUUCUGUCUUUGGCUACUCUCUUCUUAUGGUCCAACUUGUCCUACUCUGUUAACCGAUCGGCUUCGAACUUUCCACAGAUUGUAUUACCAGAGGACUUGUGCAUGAAUAUUGCUCUCUUAUUGAGGGAUAGAUGUAACCAGGCAUUUGGUAUCUUUCGCUUGAAGAAAUUUCUGUAUGAACUUUCUUCACCUAAUGAGCUCUUAACACAUUUGAUAUUUCUUAAGAUAUGUACAGGGAUUUCCUACUGGAUCUGGGUUACACUCCCAUGCCCCACUGUCAUAUCGAACUUUUAUGAUACAAGGUGA